AACAGUAUCAAUUCAACCACCACCGCCCCUCACUCCCCACUCGACUGUCCUCCAACCCCAAAAAAUGGCCUCCCUAGCCCUCAAAACCUUCGUCGGACUCCGCUACUACACGGCGGACCACCACCGCCACCACCCCACCUCUCUCUCCAAACCCACCACGACCCACAAAAGACUCCACAUCAUUGCCGGAAAAUCCAGCCCCAAAAUCACCGGCCGGAACCUCCGCGUCGCCGUCGUGGGCGGCGGACCGGCCGGUGGCGCCGCUGCCGAAACCCUAGCAAAGGGCGGCAUCGAGACCUACUUAAUCGAACGAAAGCUCGAUAAUUGCAAACCGUGUGGCGGCGCCAUACCGUUGUGUAUGGUCGGAGAGUUCGACCUACCAUUAGACAUCAUAGACCGCCGAGUCACCAAAAUGAAGAUGAUCUCUCCGUCCAAUGUGGCGGUCGACAUAGGUCAAACCUUAAAGCCUCACGAGUACAUCGGAAUGGUCCGCCGCGAAAUCCUCGACUCCUAUCUCCGUGACCGCGCUGCCUCCUCCGGCGCCGCCGUGAUCAACGGUCUCUUCCUCAAAAUGGACAAACCCAAAACCUCCGACGAACCCUACGUCCUCCACUACACCGGCUACGACUCCAAAACCGGCGGCGCCGGCGAGCGGCGGAAGUUGGAAGUGGACGCUGUGAUCGGCGCCGACGGAGCUAAUUCCCGAGUGGCUAAGUCGAUCGAAGCAGGGGAUUAUGAGUACGCGAUUGCGUUUCAGGAGAGGAUUAAGAUUCCGGAUGAGAAAAUGCAGUAUUAUGAGAAUCUCGCGGAGAUGUAUGUUGGAGAUGAUGUUUCGCCGGAUUUCUAUGGAUGGGUUUUUCCGAAAUGUGAUCAUGUUGCUGUUGGUACCGGAACGGUGACUCACAAGGGAGAUAUCAAGAAGUUUCAGACCGCCACGAGGCACCGUGCCCGGGAUAAGAUUCUCGGCGGCCGGAUCAUCCGGGUCGAGGCUCAUCCUAUCCCGGAACACCCUCGUCCUCGCCGGAUCGCAGACAGAGUCGCGCUCGUCGGCGACGCAGCUGGGUACGUGACGAAAUGCUCGGGCGAGGGGAUCUAUUUUGCUGCAAAGAGUGGGAGGAUGUGCGCGGAGGCAAUAGUGGAGGGGUCGGAGAAUGGGAAGAGGAUGGUGGAGGAGGGGGACCUGAGGAAGUACUUGGAGAAGUGGGACAAGAUGUAUUGGCCGACGUAUAAGGUGUUGGAUGUGUUGCAGAAGGUGUUUUACAGGUCGAAUCCAGCUAGGGAGGCGUUUGUGGAAAUGUGUGCCGACGAGUAUGUACAAAAGAUGACUUUUGAUAGUUACUUGUAUAAGAAGGUUGCGCCUGGGAAUCCAUUGGAGGACUUGAAGUUGGCUGUGAAUACUAUCGGGAGCUUGGUGAGAGCAAAUGCUCUGAGGAGAGAGAUGGAGAAGAUGAGUGUAUGAGAAAAAGGGACAAAAUUGAAGUAUUUUAUAUAUGUAAUCUCUGUAAUUGUUUAGUUUUUGUUUUUUUGGUUUUUGGAUUGUGUAUGUUUAAAUUUGAUGAAGAGGUGGAAAAUUUUAUGAGGUCUAUCAAAUUACUGAUUGAAUCUUGUAGUCUAUUACAGUAAUCAAACAUGGCUUAGACCGCUAGACUUUUCAAUAUAA